AGAGAAUGGAAACCCACCUCCACCAAGUCUCGUCCCGAGACAUCAUCAGCAGACGAAGUUGAGGAUAUCCGGUUGUUGGCAGCCAACCACGCGAAAAUCGACGCCAUAGGAUUGAAGAUCCAGAAAGAGAUCCUUUCUGCCACCAGGUACCAAGUGCCGCCGCAAGAUGUCAGCAGCAGUGCGUCGUCCACGUUCCUGCAAAGCCUGUCCAGCAGCAGCAGCAACAACAGUGGAUACGACGGCUUCGUGUCCACUCAUGACCCGGCUUUGACCUUUCCGACCCCACCUGAGUUUGCCAGCAAACAACCCUGGUCCAGACACGAAGGACCUCCUGUGUCAGCGGAAAACGAGACCCUGUUUGACGAGGCCUUGUUGCAUGACUUGGCAGAGACUAGGCAAUUCAGACCAGAUUUCCAAGUGGGAGAGUUUCUCACAGAUGCUCAAAGGAGGGAGGAGAAGCUUUUGGAGAUCACCAACAAUGGCCAUGACCCUUACCCAGAAAGUUUCUUGCAAAAAGGUUCCCUUGCCAAUGAGUACAAGUUGCAUGCUAUACACAACACUGGCAUUCAUCCUCCAAGCUACAUCCGGAAGAAGGUCAAGAAACUCUUUCCUGAAAGUGGUAACACUGAGGAGCUUUAUGCCCCUAAAAGAAAUUCCCACAGAACAAACACACAGUGCAGCAGAAAAAGGUCACAAGCUCUGUUCAAGAGAGACAUCCAAUCAGUUGUGAUGUCUGACCCAGUUUCUGGGAAUCUCAAGGCAAAAGAUCUUCCUCUUGUUGAAACACCUCAGAAUGCUCUUCCACCUCAGAGUGCAGAAAAACAGCCAAUUAACUCUGCAGAAAUUCUGAUACCCAAAGAAGUAUUGAGCUCUUUGCAAGGUCCAGAAAAGGCAAUGAAGUUGAUGAGGGAGGAGCAGAAGGACCUGGUGUCAAAAUUGCAAAUGCUCCAGUUGCAUCAACUGGGAGUCAUGAAAAAGCACAAGCAAUUGCAGCAUGCCCUGACACCUUCUGUCAGACCCACUACAAAAUCCAUGGAGAAUGAUGUCUUUGAUAGGAUGGCUGCCAUCACUACUCAAAGUCAGAAAAAUCAUUCUGCCAACCACAUGAAAUCCACCCAGAGACCAUCAACAACAGUGUCCAUCAAGAAAUCCACACCUGGUGCUAUUUCAAACCACUCUUCAAAUUCUCAUUCAAUGAGUUCAAGCAAGAGCAGGGAAAAUAUUCUUGAAGAGAAUCUUAUUGACAUCAUGAAGACAAGGGGAAAGUUUUGGAACUCAGAGGACAGGGAUGAUGUUACUUCUGAAGAGCUAGACAAGCAUGUGGAAAUCAGGGACAGUUGCCUGGGGCAGAAAAGAUCUCCUCAAAACACAAUUGAUCCCUUGAUUGAUGCAAUCACUGAUCCCAAGGGCAGUGGAGUCAUCAAUUCACUGGAGAAGGAGAAACUAGCAGAGUUUCAGGAGGCACAGCGCAUCAACAAUACAGUGGUUGAGCUUAUCAUGGAAGAGUUCUCCCUUGUGGACUAUGGAGUGAACAUAGUGUUCCACAGUAUUCAGAAACUGGUCAUGUCUGAUGAUGGCAGACUAUGCAUGCAACUUCUGUGUGUCCUCACCAUGUUCUCAGCAGGUGAUGCAACUAUUGUGGAAGACCAAAGAACAACUCUGGAACCCUUCCCAUCAAUUCUCAGAGAUGAUUUUGUGGACUUGCUUGUUGAUCCUUGUCUGUGGAGUCAAGAUGAAGAAGACAAAGACUUAUUGGGAGCAAGCUUGGCAGACAUAUAUGAGACUCCCAAGCAGCAGCAGGAUGAUGCUUCUUCAUUAAGGGAGGUCAACCAACAGCGCUGUUCUCAAGACUUCUGCAAAAACACUCCUAACCCUUUUGUAGAUGUUGGAAAAGGGGUUGCAGAUGAGUCUGGAAUUGGUGAUUGGAUUGCAGGGAUGAAGCAUGAACUUGGGCCAAAGGGCAUUUUUUUCCAAAUGCAAGCCCUCCUGAUGAUGCCCAAAAGCCCAGCAGUCAUCAACUCCUCCAGAAAAUCUCCUCUGCUGAUGGGUCCCUGGCAAUCCUUUCUACCAUCAAGGAUGAUCCAGCACAGCAGGAGAAUCAAGCGGUCCAUGGAAUACUCAUCUGACUCUGAAGACUACAACAACUAUGACUAUUACUAUGAAGACCAUCAUCUUGAUGACAUACCUCCAGAAGUACCAGCAAAUAGACCAUCAAGGGACAAUUUCCUUUUGGGGACACACAAGUUGAAGGCAAGCAGAGACUUGGAGUGCAAGAAACAUGCUUGGACCAGAAAUCGCUUUGGUGAUUUGCUCAUGUCCAUGAAGGCCAGUGUGGAAGGCACAAAACGGUGGAGAUGAAUAAAGAGUCUGUGGCAACAAAAUCAUCAUCAGUCUGAAGAAAACUGUGACAUAUGUCAACAACAUUAUACUCUAAGAGCAAAACAUAUGUAUUUGGAAUGGACAAUACAGAGGUCUCUACUUCUAA